CUCCAGGCUGCUGUUGUCUGAGCAGCUGGACACGACGGACGAGCUGAAGGCAGUAAGGAUGGCUGUUUGGGACAAAAAGACUCCCUGCUGUUUUGUGAUGAUUCUGGCUGGUGUCCUGGGUCAGAGCGUGAACUACCCGAAUCCCAUCUGUGCGGUAAAAGGCUCGACGGUCACGAUCCCCUGCACCUUCACACCCCGAGCAUCGUUUCAGGACAAAGGAAAAACUGUUUUGCUGCAGGUAGUGCGUGUGGUCUGGUGCCAAAACCAUUUGAUUUGCUACGGUCCCACGCCGUCAGUCUAUGACAGCAACGUGACCAGGACCAGCACUCGCUUCCGAUAUCUGGGAGACAAACAAGGAAACUGCACACUGCAGAUCGAAAAUAUACAAUACCAAGAUGCAAAGACUUACCGCUUCAGGAUGGAAGCAGACAACAUUGAAGGACACUUCGCUGGCACAAGAGGAGUGAACAUCACUGUCACCGAGGGCAGUAAAAUGAGGAUCUCAGGCCCCAGUGGUGAGCGGCUGGUGAAGAGCGGAGGUGAAGUCACCUUUACCUGCACCGCUCUCUGCUCGUUCCACCGCCUGGGCAUCGCCUGGUACAGAGAUGAGCACCGCCUCCUGGAGGAAGGCCCCGCCCUCCGGCUCAGCAAUCUGACCGCCGCCGACUCGGGUAAUUACUCGUGCGCUCUGAAGGACAAGGCCAGCACCCGGUCUGAGCCAUACAGCCUGCAUGUGCAGGACGAUGAAGUUCAGUCUGCAAAUCUGCCUCUGGUUGCUGCCGUGGGGGUCGGCGUCCGGCUGGCUCUCAUCAUCGUCAUCUCCAUCGCCGUCUUCAUCAUCGUCAUCAGGAGGAGGCGUGCCGCAGCAGCAGAGAAGCCGCAGGUGGACGAUGUUGCAGUGCAGAAGCCACAGGAGAACACUUACAGCAACAUCCUGGAGCGACAGGAAGUCAGUUCAGCCGCGGAGGAAGUCAACCACGCUUCAGUCCACUUCAAACACAACGGCGCCUCCUCCAGGCUGCAGUGAGGAGCCGCCGCUCUCCAAGCCCGGCGGAGUUCCUCAGGAUUCUUCUGCUGUGAGGCAGUGAAGCCUGAAAGGCCACAAAGCAAAAGCCAGAUUUUAAUGUUUUAAUGUUCCAGUGGUGAGGUAUGAUGAUGGCUGAGCUCCGGUGAAACCUGAUCAUUUAUGUCCUUUAUGUCCUCUGUUGUGCUUCCAGCAAGGUUAUUAUCAUCAAUGAAAACUAACAAAACAACGAAAACCGGGUGUGAGAAAACAUUUUAGUCAACUGAAAUAAAAAUGGAAAUGAGGGUUUACAAAAAAUCAACAACUGAAUCUCUGUUGUGUGUUUACAAAACUAACAAAAGAAAAAAAAAUGAUAGAGUUUUUGUUUUUGUCAUGUUAUUUCAUACAUAAGCCUGGUACUUUAGGUGGAUAUGAAAUCUGUCUUACAGUUUGUUUGUUUUUUUAGCUGCAUUAGUUUUAUGGCAGCAGAGCGUUAAUAUCCUUCUGUCAGUCGAACAACUGAGACUGUUUUGAACGCUGCCCUGACAAACAAACUAACACUGAAGCUAACAAAAACUCAACCAACAAGAAAACCAAAAA